AUGGCGGCACCGAGGCUCUGCGCAUGCGCCAUCUCCUACCCUCGAUGGACGCGCUUCCUGUUCUCCGAGCUCUUCUAGGCGAGACUCCCACUGCUCCUAGGAUUCCUCGUGGCCUCCUGGGAACUGUAAGAGGAGCGAGGAUUCCCGGGAGCCAGAGAAAGACCGGGUAGCGAGCUCGGGGCAGGAUCGGAGGGACCGGAGCCCGCCCGGGGCCCGAGGAGGCUCGCAGGUGUCCAGCGGACGGGCGAGGCCGCCGGGCGUCACCGGGCUGCAGGCCCCGGGGCGGGCAUCCUGGGAAGGAGAGGUGUGUGUGUGCGUGCAAAAGCAGGAUCUCAGUAAGUCCUGCGGAUGCCCUUGGACCAGUAAAUCAUCGAGGGAAUGAGCAGGUCCAUAUUAUGCAGAAUGGCGUUUCAUUGGAGGGUCUGUCGUUUGGAGAGAAGGGAUGCCAGCCAUGGCUGAGGACACGGUCUCCAUCACUUCGAACAAACGCAUGUCGUUUCUUAAAGAGUCUCCAUUCUGUUUAGCCUGAGUUGCUCAAACCAUGUCCAUCCCCACCCCAGGGUUUAUUGACUCCCUUCAUAUAGAAUGACACACUGUGCCUACAGAGAAGGUUUGGGAGAUACCUAACCUUCUUUUCAAACGAGCAAGGCAGCUAUUUUAACCAUUUAGGUAGUUUGCUGGUGACAGUCAAGAAUUAAAUUCUGGUCUGUUGAUUGCCAGGUCAGGCCUUUGUCCUCUACUACAUCUAAGCUGAGGCCUCUCAUGAAACUGCAGUUAAGGUCGGGAUAGGGGAGCUGGUCAUCUUAAAACCCUCACUCCUAUCUGGGUUUUCUGAUCUCAUCUGCUGAAUGCAUCGGUAGGAAAGUAGGUAAGUGACGCCAAAAAUUAACUAAUGUCUUAAUCUUAGAAUUGCUUUCUUGCUGGACUGCUCGUAAGUGUUGCUUUUUAAGGAGGCUUAAGUAAGACAAUAAUUCAGUUUAACACCUUUAUUUCCAUUCACACAGUAAGAAAAGUUCUGACUGGUCCAUUCAGAGCUACUUCCCUCAAGCAAUUUCCUCCUGUACAAUACUGGUCAGAGGGUCCGUUCCUUCCAUGGUGUGUCUGUGAGUCACUAAGAGCUGUCAGUCUGCUGAUAUAUUCCCCAUUCUUCCUCACCCAGCCCUUCAAUCACCAUCUCUGGCCCCUGAGAGUACCUGAAAAUGGACAGUUCCCAGAGGUCAGUUUCCUUCAAGGAUUUGACCGUGGACUUUACCCAAGAGGAGUGGCAGUGUCUGGGCCCUGCACAGCGCCUCCUGUACAGGGACGUGAUGCUGGAGAACUACAGGAGCCUCCUUUCAGUGGGGUUUUGUGUUAGCAAACCAGAUGUGAUCUUAAAAUUGGAGCAAGGAAAAGAGCCUUGGAUAGUGGAAGAAUUGCCAAGUCAGAACCAUGCAGAUGUUGAUGCCUUAGAGAAGGACAAGGGAAUACAAGACAAACAUUUGCAAUUUUUAGUCUUCAGCAACAAAAAGAUGCCAGAAAAAGCCAUUCUGUUUGAGAAAACAGUUGCUCUUGACAUGAAUACUGUUUCUUCAGAAAAAAUGUUCCAUAAAUAUGAUCCAGGGGGAAAUGGCUUGAAAACUAAUUCAGAAGAAACCAUUGCAAAGCCAAGCCAAGCAAAUGCAAAGGUAAUUGCUGAGCCCAAAGGGUGUGAGAAGCCACCACUCCACACAAGGCCUGACAAAAGCCAUUCUGGGACAAAACGGAACAAACGUGAUGAAGUUAGGGAUGUUAGGAGUCAAGGUGAAGAUCUUAAUCCAGACCAGACUAUCCCAUUUUUAAGUCAACCCUCUGAACUUAAUAAGGGUGGGAAACCCUUCCUCCAGAAGUCAGCCCCCUCUGCAGGAACAGAGGAACGUGCUGAAAGAAAACGAAAUGAAUGUGCUGAGUGUAGGAAAACCUUCUCUAAGAGGUCCACCCUCAUUGUCCAUCAGAGAAUCCAUACAGGGGAGAGACCCUAUGCUUGUAAUUACUGUAGGAAAACUUUCCGUAUAAAGGCAAGCCUCACUCGACACCAGCGAAUUCACACUGGAGAGAGACCUUAUAAAUGCAAAGAGUGUGGGAAAGCCUUCAUUGACAAAUCUGCCCUCAUUGUGCAUCAGAGAAUUCAUGGAGGGGAGAAAUUGUACGAAUGCAAUGAAUGUGGGAAGACCUUCUUCCGGAAGUCAGCCCUGGCUGAGCAUUUCAGGUCACACACAGGGGAGAAGCCUUAUAAAUGCAAGGAGUGUGGGAAUGCCUUUGGCAAGAAGUCUUACCUCAUUGUACACCAAAGAACUCACAGAGGAGAGAAGCCGAAUGAAUGUAAGGAGUGUGGGAAAACCUUCUUCUGUCUGUCAGCCCUGACGGCACAUCAGAGAAUUCACACCGGGGAGAAGCCCUAUGAGUGCAGUGAGUGUGAGAAAACUUUCUUCUGUCAGUCGGCCCUCACUGUGCAUCUGAGAAGUCAUACCGGAGAGAAACCCUAUAAAUGCCGCCAGUGUGGCAGGUUCUUGUGCACUAAGUCUGCUCUCGUGGCCCAUCAGGCAAUCCAUAGAGGAAAGAAGUCUUUCGAAUGUAAUGAAUGCGGGAAGCUUUUCUACCUUAAGACAACACUCACAAUACAUCAGAGAACUCACACAGGAGAGAAGCGUGGUGUGCUUAGUAAGUGGGGUCACACAUCCACUGUGAAGUCAAACUGCAGUGAACAGAGAAGAAUGGACACACAGGAGAAUCGUGAGUGUCACGACCACAAGCGUACAGUCCACAAAAGCUCACACCGCUUUGCACAUAAGAGAACCAUAUGGGAGAGACCUUACGAAUGUCCCGAGUGUGGGAGGACCUACUGCCGGAAGUCAGCUCUCAGGCACCAUCAGAAGACACACACAGGAGAGAGGCCCUAUGAGUGUAAAGAGUGUGGGAAAACCUUCUGCCAGAAAGUCUCCUUUACCGAGCACCAGCGAACUCACACUGGGGAAAAACCACAUAAAUGCAAAGAAUGUGGGAAAUCCUUCCGCCACAAGUCAGCAUUCACAGUGCAUAAGAGAAUUCACACCGGAGAGAAACCAUACGGAUGUAAUGAGUGUGGGAAGAGCUACCGUCGGCUCUGGACGCUGACGGAACAUCAGAAAAUACACACAGGGGAGAAGCCCUAUGAAUGUAACACAUGUAAGAAAACAUUUCGCCAUAAAUCAAACUUCCUUUUACACCAGAAAACUCACAAGAACUAAAUUCCAACAAGGUAACAGCUAAUUUACAUAAUGCUUAAAUCCUGAAUUAUGCCUAAAGGAGUGAGACCUUGUCAGCAUGGGGACUAUUGGAAGAUUUUCUGCUGACAUCAGACCUAGAGAGCUCACAUAGGCAACAUACACAGUUUAUUUUAUGAAUGUCAAACUUUGUGUUACUAUGAAAACAUUCAGCAUUUCAGACAUACACCAGGUGUGCCUGCUUCCUUUCAGAUCAUGAAACAAAUAUUAAUCCCUACUUGAUUACCCUCCAUACUCAAUUUAUGUAGUGUGUGUUGCCAGAUGUGAGGAUCCAGUCUUGACUCCAGGUCACUACCAGUUGUUACUGUGAUAAAUGAAUUUACAGUAUUUACAGCUCAGACUAUCCAGGCUGCUCGUCUCCUGUCCCCAUUGUUGUCUAGUGAUAGACCCCGUUCCCUUUAUCUGCAAACGUGAGGACUUCCUUUGCCUACCUGCAGUGACUCCUCAUGUGAAUGAGCAUUUGCUGCAGCCGAGUCACUGGGUUUUUCCAAUGAGGGGCGCAAUGUAGCGUGUAAGUGCCUCCUGGAGCUCUCGGGUAAGCUAAGAAAAUCAGCAGUUGCAAGUCCUGUAACACGAACAACAAAAAUGUAACAAGCAGGUUGGAAUAGUGAAGAGGGUUUGGGGAGGGUUGGAAUCAAAGUCUCCCUCCUUUUAGUGUUCUCAAAUACUUCUGUUCCCUUAGUGGUUGGAGUGUGUCAGUGUUUGGUUUUGUUGUUGUUAAUGUCCAUAGAGGUGUUAUUUAGAAUUUACCUAUCAGCUUCUGAGAAAAUGUGUCAAUGGUGCCAAAUAGAAUCCCAUAGUAUGCAUCCAGCCGAAUGCCAUUCAUAUGGACUAAUGUCUAGUCUUGGUAGCCAGCCACAAGAGGAAUUUUCUACUAACCCAGCCCUGCUCUCUGAUGUAUUGUCAUAUCCUAGGACAAUAAAGUGAGUUUAUUUCUUUU